GCAACGAUAGGAAGGUUCCUGUGAGAGGAGGGGUUGUUUUCUGGCCAAUGAUAGCUUGUCAUGACCGAGGAGGGGAGGGUGUGUUCAAAUUAGAAUACCAGAGUCUAAAUAAAUUGGGUGUUCAGGCGCAGUUUUUCAUUCUAUUGUGGUUUACUCAGCAACGAGCGUCAUGCCCGAGCCUGCCAAGUCCGCGCCGAAGAAGGGAUCCAAAAAAGCCGUGACUAAGACGGCCGGUAAAGGAGGCAAGAAGCGCAGAAAGUCGAGGAAGGAGAGUUAUGCUAUCUACGUGUACAAAGUCCUGAAACAGGUCCACCCCGACACCGGUAUCUCUUCCAAGGCUAUGGGGAUCAUGAAUUCCUUUGUGAAUGAUAUCUUCGAGCGCAUCGCUGGUGAGGCUUCUCGUCUCGCUCACUACAACAAGCGUUCAACCAUCACCUCCAGGGAGAUCCAGACCGCCGUGCGCCUUCUGCUUCCCGGUGAGCUGGCCAAACACGCCGUAUCUGAGGGUACAAAGGCCGUCACCAAGUACACCAGCUCCAAGUAAAGCGUCAUAGUGCGUCUUGACUAACCCAAAGGCUCUUUUAAGAGCCACCCACGUUUUCAUCAAAGAGAUUUUCUAUUAUGAGAGUGCAUGUACGGUAAAAUGAGAAUAUAGAGUUCUAGCCGAAGUAGCACUUGUGGGCUUUGGCCUCGUUUCUCUUUCCUCUUUUCUGGGCGUUUUAUUAAUCAAUUUUCGUACCCUUUAUUC